AUGUUGUCCAAAGGCCAGACCCUGUUUUUGGUAGUGUUUGCUGUUGCAGCUCUCGGUAGUGCGGUCGUCGAAGGUGCCGCAUUCAAUCGAGCACCACGGCAGCUGAGCAGUCUACUAACGUUAAGCGGCGAAUCGAAUGCUAGAAUAGAAAAUGGUACCAUCAUUUGUGACACGCUCACAUGCCCACCGGAAUCGUUCAAGUGCGUGAUCGUCAAAAACUCAACCAAGGACGACGUGAACAAGAUUCAAGUGACGCGCGAAUGCCUUGAUCCGGCCGGCAAGGCGACGGCCAAAUCGGUCACCACCGAACAGUCCAGCUUCCCGGGUCAGCAGUUCGAAAGCUACGCCGAAAUCGAUAAGAAUGGCAACAUUGCAUCGUUCGACAAUCGGGGCAACACGUACAACCACUCCGGUACCGGUGACAUUCACUCCUAUCUGUACGAGCAGAUAGAGGACCUGCACAAGGCGAUACUGGAUCAGCUGACCAAUGCCGGCAAUCCCUUUACGGCGCAGUGA